AUGGCCGUCGACCCCGACCCCAUCCCCAACCCCGAAACGCACAAUCUCGCCCACGCCAACAAACGCUUCUAUCGCGUCAAGAUUCCCGUUUCGCACUGGCAGCUCCGCCAUUACAUCUCAACAACCCAGAAAUCCCUUUACUACGCUUCCGGCAAGCAAGUCUACCACCUCAAUACCGAAACCCACCGUCGAACCCACCUCGCCACACUCCCCUUUGACGCUCGCUGCACAGCUUCCGCACAUGGCUGGGUCUGUGUCGGUGGGGAGGAAGAGGGUCAUUUCGCCACGAUCCAACUCCACUCAAAUCCAGCACGAGCACCAACGGUGAAGAUUGAACGGAUUGGCGAGGAAAUCGUCAACUCAAUCUCCAUCCACAGAUUACAAGAUGAAGAGGCGCAUCUGGAUGACAUUGUGGCGAUCCUGACGAAUAACGAUCAGACGGUGAGAAUCUACUCGCUCCCUGCCGGACAGGAAACGAGAGUGAAGGAUCUCCCAUUUGCGAUCAAUCAUGCGACUCUAUCCCCAGACGGGAAGAUGUUGGUGGCCGUGGGGGAUUUCAACCAAGCAUAUUUCUUCACCAGGGAGAUUCUGGAAAAGACGCCACAAAUACCCAAACCGCACAAUCGAUUGGGAGCCAAAGACGUGGAUUGGGUGUUGACAAAUGUCGUGUCAUUACAUGUCUCGGAGAGCACAAUGGGCUACUUCACCACGGCGUGGAGUCCAAAUGGGAGAUUGGUGGCUGUGGGGAGUGAGGGAGGAUACAUCACAGUCCUGGAUCGGGACCUGCUAGAGCGGAGGGAUGUUGAAGACGAUGACGCCGUUGUGGCUGUCGUCGCGGGAAGUCGGGCGGAUGUUCCAUCACCAUAUCCAGGUGCCAUCAGAAGUAUGGUCUUUUCGCCGGAACCCUGGGAUUUGUUGGUCUGGGCGGAGGACCAGGGCAGGGUGUGCAUUGGAGAUUUGAGGACAGGAUUGAAGGAGAGGCAGGUCAUCCAACUGGAACCCGAGGAUGAAGCGCUGGAGAGGCUGGUCGUGGAGGAUGUUACAUCAGAAGGAAGGGAGAAUGAGGUGGUUGUGGCAAGGUUGGAUGAUUUGGAGGAGGAGCUCUUGCGGAGAUAUGAACAGGGAAACACCACCACGGGAGAGCACGCCCCAACAUCCUCGGUCAACUUUGCCACCGAGUACAUUGAGACGAGGAGAAGACAGAGAGCAGCCAGACAGGAACUGGCUUUGAGGCAGGACCAGCGCAAUGAACUCAGAGGACUACUGGACACAGAUUCACAAGGCUUGACCACCAGGGAGCAUCAAAUAUUGGAGACGCUACGGACUUCGAGACAAAGGGAAGAAGCGAGAGCGAGCGGAGGACCAUCUUCCAUCAAUUAUCCUACGGCAGAACUAUUUGGCUCGGCUCCCAGACCAAAUCGACAGGCGCCUCCGUCUUCCACGGCAACAUCAUCGAAUCCUCGUCCAGUGAAUGAGCUUCUUCAAGAAGCACUCCCUACACUCGCCCGCGCAAGCUCCCUGCGACCGGUUGCUACCACCACAACCGCGGAAGCAGAAGUCGACACCCUCCCACCGAUCCAGUUCUCCGUAGUGAGAGCUGCGUCCAAUCUUCCUCGUGCUACAGAAGGUUCUUCCUCCACUGCGAGGAGUCGAUUACCGCGGAUACAGCAAGCCACGACACCCGCCGCUGCGGAUGACGACGAUGAGAACCCUUGGAGGACGAUUGAAGAACACAUGAUGGACUCGGCAGCUCCAGCAGGUCGGGGUCCUUUGUUUGAAGGAGCAGCGAGAGCGCCUGCCAUCCCUGCCACUACCGCGGAUGAGGAGGCUAGCCAGAGAGCCAGUUCGAGGGAAUUGCGAAUUCGAGAAAGGUGGAGGACCAUGCCUAGUCGUGGUGGUGUCAAUGGAGCGACAUCCAUGGCAACUUCCACGAGGAGACCCACCGCAGCAGCCGCGUCAUCAUCAGAAACAGAGACUUCCCAACGACAAGCGAGGGAAGCGAUCCUCCUGGCGGCCAGUCUCGCCGAAGCGAGAGAAAACCGCCUUCAGCGCGCCGAGUCUCUGAUCGCGAGAAAUCCUCCUGUAGCGACGGGAGGAAGGGAGCCGUUGGAUGUUAUUGGUGAGAGGUAUGAUGCUCUGUUCAGAGCGAGUCUGAGGACGGGAGGAUUUGGAUUUGGUGGGGGUAUGGGAAGGGAUGGAGGAGUUCGAACGGCCGGGCUGGCGAUUAGUGAGGAUGGAGGACGGGUUUGGUGUGCUUGUGAGAGGGGCAUCUUUGAGGUUAGAGUGAGAUUGAGGGGGAGGAUGAGUUGGGGAGCUACGGAGAUGCGUUGA